UAUUAUGAUGCCUCUAAAUGUAAUUAAAUAUUUUUCUUAAUAUCAGUUUUUGCCUCAUUACACCUUGAUACAUUAAAUAACUCACUACUAAUAUUCCCACUAUGCUGCCCAUAAUUGUUAGGGUCCAGUAUAGGCGAGAGCCUACUCCCCAUGUCUGUAAGGAGUCAUCAGCAAGACUCUCAACUGCCUUGAUUUCCCGGGAAACUCCUUGCAAAGCUGCUGUUAUGUUGAUUUGAUUGUCAGGGAUGAAGGUGCAACAUUGUGUUCCCAAAAGGACACAGGUGCCACCUUGGGCAGCCGUUGAUAUGUCUAGUGCCAUCGGUUCUGCAGUACCACCUUCCUGGUUUGAUCAACCUCAUCUGUCAACAGAAGGAGGGCAACUCAGGUGUAAUUCAAGGCUCGAGCAGUGUGAUCUGUUUGGGCUGUAACUUGCAUUUCCACAGUUAUGGCACCUGCUCUAGGGAUGCGUAAUGCUAAGGGGUAGAGCCACCAGUGGCCUGGUUGCACUCACAAAAACUGAGAAUGCGGUGCCUCCCAGUUAUGUGGGCAUCUGGGUAAUGUGGGAAUAACACUGGCAAGCACAUAAGCCCCCCUCUAGGUACUGCAGCCCGUCCAAUUCACUGGCAAAUAUGACCAUCCUGUGUCUUCAUAGACCUAUAAAUUUCCAGGGGCCACAAAGUCCAUUGAGGCCCAGCAGUGAUGAGGUUGCCUAUUCCACUGUGGGGUGGUUACCUGCCAUAGCCUGCACAAAUAUAACAUAUGUUGGUGUGGUGACGUAUAUUUGUGCAGGCUGUGGCAGUAAGCACCCCACGGUGACGUUGCCCCAAUGCUGCUCUAUACAUUGUGGUACCUGUGGUGGGGGUACCACAUAUUCUCCCACUAACCAGCCCUAUCCAUCAUAGUCGCUAUGGGUCAGCCGGGGGUGGGCAUGCUAUGGGUUUUGUGGCAUCCUGUAUCCAAAGCUUGUUGUGUUCCAAACGUCGGCCAUGCCAAGUCUCUAACCAUGUCCCGUUUUCUAUAGAAGCUGGAUGUGUGUGCCUGGGCAAGCCAUCCACAGCUUCUGCUGGAAGGGCGGUGCAGAUCCAACAGUUGGAAACACGGGUGACCUCCGUGUGGCUGCAGGCCUAGUCCACGGUGCUGCUGGAGCAUAUCAACCUACGGUUGAAAUGAUAAAGCAAGCACAGACGGAUGUUUCCAGUCCUAAAGAUUAGUGUCACAGGACUGGACCCCAAUGCCAUGUACUCCCUCCUGCUGGACUUUGUCCCUACGGACAGUCACCGCUGGAAGUACGUCAAUGGGGAAUGGGUGCCUGCGGGCAAGCCAGAGGUCUCCAGCCACAGCUGCGUCUACAUUCACCCGGACUCCCCCAACUUUGGUGCCCACUGGAUGAAAGCUCCCAUCUCCUUCAGCAAAGUGAAGCUGACCAACAAGCUCAAUGGAGGCGGGCAGAUAAUGUUGAAUUCUCUGCAUAAAUAUGAACCCCAGGUUCAUAUAGUACGUGUUGGAAGUGCCCAUCGAAUGGUAAUGAACUGCUCCUUCCCUGAAACCCAGUUCAUAGCCGUGACUGCCUAUCAGAAUGAGGAGAUAACAGCUCUCAAAAUCAAGUACAAUCCUUUUGCCAAAGCCUUCUUGGAUGCCAAGGAAAGAAAUCACCUAAGAGAUAUACCGGAGGCUAUCUCUGAGAGCCAGCACGUGACCUAUUCUCACUUGGGAGGCUGGAUCUUCUCCAAUCCGGAUGGAGUGUGCACAGCAGGAAACUCCAAUUACCAGUAUGCCGCUCCUCUGCCUCUGCCUGCUCCCCACACCCACCAUGGCUGUGAGCACUAUUCGGGCCUCCGAGGACACCGGCCGGCUCCCUACCCUUCUGCGUACAUGCAUAGAAACCAUUCUCCCUCAGUGAAUUUGAUAGAAAGCUCAAGCAAUAAUCUGCAAGUUUUCUCGGGACCUGACAGCUGGACUUCCUUACCCUCCACACCCCAUGCCAGCAUCCUGUCUGUACCUCAUACCAACGGACCAAUCAAUCCAGGGCCCAGCCCCUAUCCGUGCCUGUGGACCAUCAGCAAUGGUGCCGGAGGCCCCACUGGGCCAGGCCCGGAGGUGCAUGCCAGCACCCCAGGAGCAUUUCUCCUCGGAAACCCAGCUGUGACUUCACCCCCCUCUGUGCUGUCCACCCAAGCACCCACUUCGGCUGGUGUGGAGGUUCUGGGGGAGCCCUCGCUAACCAGCAUUGCUGUCUCCACCUGGACAGCAGUGGCCUCACAUCCCUUUGCGGGCUGGGGUGGCCCAGGAACAGGUGGGCACCAUUCUCCUUCCUCAUUGGAUGGUUAAGCAGGAUCCUAGGAGCCUCUGUCCACAGAGACCCUUCUAUGUGUAGAGUGCUUAGAAACCCCAUCUACUGAUCUAGUGAGUCAGACUGUGAAAUCUCCCUUCCCACUAGCUGGCGGCAGAGGUGGGUUAUUACAGAAGUCGAACUGGGACAGGAUUCAGUUUGGAUGACGCUAGUUAGGUCAUUCACACCUCUCCACCAUUUCUUCUGCACUCCCAUUUUCUCUGCAGCUUAUUCUUGCCAUUCUUAGGUGACAGAAGUCUGUUAAGUACUGUUCUUGUGCUCUGCUCCUUAAUCUCAAGUAGUUCUGGAAAGCCUCACUUCCUCUUCUAUGGAGCAGGUGCAGAGCUGUUAAAUGAGCGCAAAGUUUACUGAGCUAAGGCCACUGCUUCCUGCUUUGUGCAGCCCGGGAAAGUAUGUGUGGCUACAGGGCUCACGUUCAUGCUUCUGCUCUGAGACUAGGAGGAAGUGUAAGCCAUAGAGUAAGGUUAACAAAAAGAAUGAAGCUAAUCAUGUGUUACUCACAGCAGUGUGCCCAGACUUGUGGAAAUGAAGUCAUGUCACCCCUCUGCUCAGAAACCUUCCGUAGUUCACCGUUACCAAUGGAAUGAAGUCAAAUUUCCUCACUAUAGCUGGGUGUGGUAGCUUGAGCCUAUAAUUUCAGCCCUUUUGGAGGCCAAGGUAGGAUGACUGCUUGAGGUCAAGAGUUCAAGAACAACCUGUGCAACAAAGUGAGGCCCUGUCUCUCCAGAAAAAUACACACACACACACACACAAUGAGCUGGGCAUGGUGGCAUGUGCCUGUAGUCCCAGCUACUUGGAGGAGAAUGGCUUGCUCUCAGGAGGUUGAGGCUGUAGUGAACUAUGAAUGUGGCACUGCAUUCCAGCCUGGGCGAUAGAUCGAGACUUUGUCUUAAAAAAAAAAAAAGAACGAAAUCCUACUAUGAGCGAUCCCACCAUCUGGCCUGAAACCACUUCCCCCAGCUUAGGUACCUCUGUUACCCUGUCGGCCUCCUGUGUUUCCAUCGAGGCCGGCGUCUCUGUUCUCUGAACAUUCGUUGCACUUUCCCACCUCUGUACCUUGCCUGUGCCUGAGUGUCCUUUCUCCAGUUCACCUGUGCGAAUUCGACCCACCUCCCAGGGCCUGGCUGGAAUGCUACUCCCUGCAUUCAACAUCUGAUCUGCUGAGAUACAUCUGAUCUAUCCCUGCUCACUGUUCUCCCACUGUUUUUGCCUCUGCCACAGAGCCACCUCACUCUGCCUUGUAGUUUUGUUACCUGUGAGUGUGUCUUUCUCUAUUAGACUGUAAGCCUCUCGAGGGUGAGGCCUAGCCUUCUUGUCUUUGUAACCCAUAGCACCUGGUAUUGUGCCUUGCCUAUUGUAGGUGCCCAAUAAACACUUGCUGAACUGAA